AAGAAAGCCUCUCGAUAUAAAAGCUCACUUCCCUUCCGGCUUCCCCUGCUAAGGCUCCUGCAGGGGAGACCAAGUGUUGAUAAAUACGGGGAAAGAAAAAAUCAACUCUGUCCUCUGCUGCAGCUGAGGCUCCCCCAGCCACUUCCUGAGAUCGGCUUGCUCACAGUCAAGGGACACAGGUGCCGCAGAUGCUGACUCAGCCUGUGCCAUUAAGAUUUACAAAGCAAGAAGAAAUUAGGAAGCUAUGGGCAGGGCACGCAGGCCUCUACCUGGGCAGCACAGGCAUUGUGAGAAAUGCUUCAGCCGUCAUUGCCACAUUCCUGUGGAGCCUGAUGUCUCCUGUCUGGUGAUAAACUGCCGUCUGUCCUGUGGUGCCACCUUCCACAUGUGCAAAGAGGCAGAGCAUGAGCUCCUCUGCCCUCUAGAGGAGGUUCCAUGCCUCAACUCUGAAUACGGCUGCCCCCUUUCCAUGUCCCGCCACAAGCUGGCCAAGCACUUGCAAGUAUGCCCCGCCAGCGUGGUCUGCUGCUCCAUGGAGUGGAAUCGCUGGCCAAAUGUGGACUCCGAAACAACCCUUCAUGAGAACAUCAUGAAAGAGACCCCCAGUGAGGAGUGUUUGGACACAGCUCUGGCCCUCCAGGACCAGAAGGUCCUUUUCAGAUCUCUGAAAAUGGUAGAACUUUUCCCAGAAACUAGAGAGCCCACUGAGGAGGAACCUACUAUGAAUGGUGAAGCCAGCUGGGAGGAAAUGGAAGGAGCAGUGGGUGGAGCAGAUGCCAGUUUGGUACCACAUGGAUCUCUAUCAGCAACUAAUGGAGAGAUGGCAGAACUGAGUCAAGAAGAACGAGAGGUGUUAGCCAAAACCAAAGAAGGGAUGGACCUGGGCAAGUUUGACAAGUGGGAGAACAUAUUCAGCAAAGAGCAUGCAGCCUCUGCUUUAACAAGCUCAUCAGUAGGCUGUGAGAGCACAAGUGGGAACAGCCCAGGGAAAGAACAGAUUUCUACCAACAAUAACAUGGUAGGAGAGGAGGCUCUCAAAGAGAAAGAACCACAGGAAAACCAGAAGCAGCAGGAUUUUCAUGAAGCCCUGGAAACGACAGGGCUCGCCCCUUGGCAGGAUGGUGUUCUAGAAAGACUGAAAAAAGCUGUGGAUGCAAAAGACUAUAAUAUGUACCUGGUGCACAAUGGGAGGAUGCUUAUCCACUUUGGUCAGAUGCCCGCUUGUACACCUAAGGAGAGGGACUUUGUUUAUGGCAACCUUGAGGCUCAGGAAGUGAAGACUGUUUACACCUUCAAAGUUCCUGUGAGCUACUGUGGGAAGCGGGCUCGUGUUGGAGAUGCCAUGUUGAGUUGUAAACCAAGUGAACACAAGGCAGUAGACACUUCGGAUUUAGGGAUCAUGGUGGAAGACCUACCCAAAUCAGAUCUCAUCAAGACAACCCUCUUGUGUGCUUUAGAAAGAGAACUUAAAGGUCAUGUCAUCUCUGAAUCCAGGAGCAUUGAUGGGCUGUUCAUGGAUUUUGCUACACAGACAUACAAUUUUGAGCCAGAACAGUUUUCCUCUGGGACAGUGCUGGCUGACCUCCUAACCACUGCCAACCCAGGGGGGCUCCAUGUGGAACUCCACAGUGAGUGUGUGACCAGGAGACACAACAAGAGCAGCUCUGCCUUCACUUUCACUUGCAGCAAAUUCUUCAGGAGGGAUGAAUUCCCCCUACAUUUCAAGAAUGUCCACACAGACAUUCAGUCAUGUCUCAAUGGCUGGUUUCAGCAUCGAUGCCCUCUUGCCUACUUGGGAUGUACAUUUAUUCAAAACCAUUUCCGUCCCCCAGGGCAAAAGGCAAAAGUGAUCUAUAGUCAGGAGCUCAAGACCUUUGCCAUUAAGCCAGAGGUUGCUUCAGAGCUGAGUGAGAGAAAGAAGAACAACCAUCUCUCAGGCCAUGGAGGGAAAAGCCAGAAUUGUCUAACCAGCCUGCCCCUGGAGGUUUUGCAAUACAUUGCUGGGUUCUUGGACAGCAUCAGCCUGUCCCAGCUUUCCCAGGUGUCUGUGCUGAUGAGAAAUAUCUGUGCUACUUUGUUACAAGAGAGAGGGAUGGUCCUCCUGCAGUGGAAGAAGAGGAGGUAUUCUCACGGAGGCACCUCCUGGAGAGUCCACAGAGAGAUCUGGCAAUUCAGCAGCCUCUUCUCCAAAAUCAAGAGCUGGGAGUUCAAUGAAGUUGCCUCCAUGUCUGAACACCUGAAGUCCUGUCCUUUCAACGUUGUAGAGCAUAAGACUGACCCAGUUCUUUUGACCAGCAUGUGUCAGCUCCAGGAGCAGGCCCGAGAGAGCUUAGUCACCACCUUUAGAGCCAGACCACGAGGAAGACACACCUGCUAAAGGUUCAGAUGCCAUCAUUCUUGGAUUCACCCCGGGUUACUGAAUGUAGGACAAAGUGAUUUUGAGGACUUUCUUCUGUAAACUGCAUACAUGCUUAUCUAGGUGUAUUGGAACGUGCACUGCCAUAAACCUGAGCAGUUGCCCAAGGUUCAAGAACUCCUAAGCCAUGGCUUGUACACUUGCUAUAAGGGCCAUACUGAUAACUUAUUU